AUGUCAGUCAACUCCUCCUCCUUCGCUGGCCUCUCUUCCAACUUCUCCCUCGAUCAUGUCUACAAGUGCUUUACUUUCAGAAUGACUAUAUUUAUGCUCUCUACUUUCUCCACCACCUACAUCCUCUUCCUCCCUCUCUUCAUCCAUGUGCUCUGUCUGGGUUACCAGCAAUGGAAGAAACAGCGCUCAUCAUCAACUUUCUGUGACACCAUCACCUAUCACUCCAUCGCCAUGCAGCUGAACGAAGUCUUGGGUAUCAUCUUGUUUAUUUGUGGCCACUACAUCAAGUUUCCAGAGAUGAUGCCUGUGGGGCUCUGCGUCUGGUCUCUCACCUCCCUCGGACAGGCUCUGUUUCAGCUCCUGACCUGUGUGAUACGCUACCUGGCUGUGGUUCACCCCAUCACCUACAUGGGACUGAGACGGGCGGACAGGGUCUGGAUCAGAAAUUUUAACAUUGGCUUUUCCGUUCUCUAUGCUCUCAAGCGCCCGGGGCCGGGGGAGAUGGAGCCAGUACUAUGCUAUGAGUCCAGAAACGGUUCCUGUCUGAAGACCAUCUAUCCCUUGCCCAUAUGCAUCACCCUCUACAUGAUUCUAGGAGGCACAGUCAUCCUCACAGUGUGUGGAAACCUUUUGGUCACCGUCUCAAUUGCCUAUUUCAAGCAGCUCCAUACUCCAACUAAUUACCUCAUAGUCUCUCUGGCUGCGUCUGACCUUCUUUUAGGGUUGUUUGUCAUGCUGCCCAGUAUGAUUCAAUGUGUGGAGUCUUGCUGGUAUUUUGGUGAUGAUUUCUACCGACACUAUGCUGUUUGCCAACCUCUACUAUACCAAAGAAAAAUAUCUGCUAAUGUUGUGUUGAUCAUGAUUCUGCUCAGCUGGAGUAUUUCAGCUCUCAUUGGCUUUGGAAUGAUUUUUCUGAAGUUAAAUAUUUGGGGUAUUGAGGACUUCUACUAUAAUCACAUCACCUGUGAAGGAAGAUGUGUUUUGUUUCAGAGUGGCCUGUCAAGUACAGCCUCAUCAGUAAUGUCCUUUUACAUUCCAGGAAUUAUAAUGCUUGGUGUUUACCUGAAGAUUUUGCUCGUGGCACAGAGGCAGUCGCGCAGCAUACAGAAAACAAGCCAUAAGAAUUCAACGAGAAUAUCUAACACAACCCAGACAAAAGCCACUAAAACACUUGCUAUCAUAAUGGGGGCGUUUCUUUCCUUUUGGACUCCUUUUUUUGUGUGUAACACUAUUGAUCCCUUUGUCAAUUACUCAACACCACCAGCAUUGUUUGACACACUGGUAUGGGUGGGCUACUUUAAUUCCACUGUGAACCCUAUAAUCUAUGCAUUUUAUUAUAGUUGGUUCAGAAAGGCAUUUCGAUUGUUCGCUUCAGGUGUCAUUUUUAAAUCUGAUAUUUCAGAGACAAUACUUGUCACAGAAUAA